AUGAUGUCCAUCAAUGAAUCCGUUCGGAUUGGCCUCGACUUCCAGGACCAUCUUUUUGUCUACGAGGUCUGCUGUCUGCCAAUCCUGAUCAUCGUCCACUUCUUCACCUUCUACUUGAUUAUUUGGCAAACCCCAAAAGUGAUGUAUGAAUAUAGAAAAUAUCUGCUUAUGGUUCAGACACUUAUGUUGUGGUGGGAACUGGUUUAUCAUAUGUUGAUUCGACCGAUGUUUUUCUAUCCCUACAUGGCUUCCGGUUGUACUGGCUUGUUGAGUCGUUAUUUCGGGCUCGGCUGCCACUACCAAUGUUGUGCUCUAAUUGGUACUUUAUUUUUUAUUCUGACCGCUUUAAAUUCGACGAUGGUCUAUCGUCGUAACCAAAUGACACCACCUGGGCGCUGGAAGUUGUCAAGGGCCCAACUGGGCGCCAUCCACAUGACCGGUUAUAUUUUUACAAUCGCGAAUAUAGUAUUUUUCAUCGUUGGUGGUGGUGAAUACAUGAACGAGAUUCCAUUUGUUGAUCCUCGGAUGGCGGAUGUGACAACAGUCAUCUACCAUAUGGGAACUUUGACCGAGAUCUGGUUUGUCAUACUGUUCGCAGUGGUAAUAUGGAUACUCCUCUUCGCUGCGUUAUUCAUUAUUUCAAUCUAUUGUCAACUGUCGAAAAUUAAAAGCAUCAUGAAUGAGCGCACAUUUGAAUUGCAGAAGACUUUUGGGAAAGUGCUGGUGAAACAGCUUCUCUCGAUGGUGUUUAUAUUGGUUCUCCCCUUGACGAUCAAUUUCGUUGCUGUAUUUUCGGAGUCAGAAGAUAUAACAUUCCUACAAACUUUGACGGUGGUACCCUCCUUCUUUUCGAUGACAUACACUGUGAUAUUGAUCAUAUCGACUCCAGUCUACCGAAACGCCACUGUGGCCAUUGUGACCGGGCAGAAGUAUCAGAGGUUACCAAGGAAGUCUGUAUCCGUAUCCACCAUCAUGGUUCAA